CCUCCGCAGCGAAGUGAGGUGAACACAGAGAGGAGGGAGGAAGCAUUGGGUGAACAUUCAAUUCAGCACUCAGCAUCAUGGCACCUAUCGGAUUAAAGGCGGUGGUCGGCGAAAAGAUUAUGAAUGAUGUCAUCAAGAAGGUAAAGAAGAAGGGAGAAUGGAAGGCGCUGAUCGUGGACCAGCUGAGCAUGAGGAUGUUGUCCUCCUGCUGCAAGAUGACAGACAUCAUGACAGAGGGCAUCACCAUUGUGGAGGACAUCAUGAAGCGAAGAGAGCCUCUUCCCAGUCUGGAGGCCAUUUACCUGAUUACACCCACAGAGAAGUCUGUCCACACCCUCAUCGCAGACUUCAAAGACCCUCAUUCAGCUAAGUACAAGGCAGCCCAUGUUUUCUUCACUGACUCCUGCCCUGAUCCUCUCUUCAACGAGCUGGUGAAAAGCCGCGCUUCCAAAACCAUCAAGACUCUGACGGAGAUCAACAUUGCCUUCUUGCCCUACGAGUCUCAGGUGUACUCCCUGGACAAUCCAGAUGCCUUCCACAGUUUCUACAGCCCCCAUAAGACCCAGCUGAAGAACCCCGUGAUGGAGAGGCUGGCUGAGCAGCUGGCUACGCUUUGUGCCACCCUGAAGGAGUACCCUGCCGUCAGAUACCGAGGCGAGUACAAGGACAACGCCACCCUGGCCCAGCUGGUUCAGGACAAACUGGAUGCCUACAAGGCUGAUGAUCCCACUAUGGGAGAGGGUCCAGAUAAGGCUCGCUCACAGCUGAUCAUCCUGGACAGGGCGUUUGACCCCGUCUCUCCUGUCCUGCAUGAGCUCACCUUCCAGGCCAUGGGCUAUGACCUGCUACCCAUCGACAACGACGUCUACAAGUAUGAGACCAGUGGCAUCGGAGACUCUCGUGAGAAGGAAGUUCUGCUGCAUGAAGACGAUGACCUGUGGGUGAGCCUGAGACACAAACACAUAGCUGAGGUGUCCCAGGAAGUGACCCGCCAGCUGAAGGACUUCUCUGCCAGCAAGAGGAUGAACACUGGAGAUAAGACCACAAUGAGGGAUCUGUCCCAGAUGCUAAAGAAGAUGCCUCAGUACCAGAAGGAGCUCAGCAAGUACUCCACUCACCUGCAGCUGGCUGAGGACUGCAUGAAGCAUUACCAGGGAACAGUGGACAAACUGUGUCGUGUGGAGCAGGAUCUGGCUAUGGGCACAGAUGCUGAGGGAGAGAAGAUCAAAGACCCCAUGAGGGCUAUUGUGCCCAUCCUGCUGGACGCCAACGUCAGCACGUAUGACAAGAUCCGCAUCAUCCUGCUCUACAUUUUCCUCAAGAAUGGCAUUACGGAGGAGAACCUGAACAAGCUGAUCCAACACGCUCAGAUCCCCCCUGAGGACAGUGAGAUCAUCACCAACAUGGCCCACCUGGGCGUCCCCAUCGUCACAGAUUCCACCCUCCGCCGAGGAAAGAAGCUGGACAGGAAGGAGCGUGUGAGCGAGCAGACCUAUCAGCUGUCCCGUUGGACACCACUGGUCAAGGACAUCAUGGAGGAUGCUAUUGAUGAUAAGCUGGACACUAAGCACUACCCCUACAUCUCCACCCGCUCCUCUGCCUCCUUCAGCACUACUGCAGUCAGUGCUCGGUACGGCCACUGGCACAAGAAUAAGACACCUGGAGAGUACCGCACUGGGCCUCGCGUCAUGGUCUUCAUCAUUGGCGGCGUGUCCUUCAGCGAGAUGCGCUGCGCCUACGAGGUCACACAGGCCAAUGGGAAGUGGGAGGCCGUCAUUGGUUCCACCCACAUGCUCACCCCCACCAAAUUCUUAUCGGACCUGCAGCACCCCGACUUCCGAGAGUCCACUAGGGUGUCCUUUGAGGACGCAGAACCCACAGCCGAGUGAGGCAGAGACAGAUUGGGAGGGAGGGAGAGAGAAAUCACACUGAAAAAAGAUCGACCCACAUCUUCACCCCCACCAGCCUGCUGGAGCAGCUCAAGGCAAUGAACAAACCAGACGAGGAAGCCACAAGCUAAAAUCGUCCAAUCACAUCUCUCUCCUCUUUACCCUAACCCUGCCCACCCCCCUCCUACCCGUCUCACCUCUGUAUCCUUUACCCCCCAAACACCCUGCAUUAACUGUGUAUGCAUCUUGCUUGAGAAGAAAAAGACAUCUUAGAAGAUAAAAAAUAUAUGUUGUAUCAAAGAUUAAAACUGUUGCAAGUAUUCUCAUGUUUUACAAUGGAUGCAACUAAAUGAACUUAUUUAAAGAGGUUUAAAUAUCACAACAGAAGGCCAUUUAAAACUGAAAGUACCAAAAUGUAAUAUUGUAUGCUAUGAAACCUGUGCAAAAGGUAGACACUUUCUCUCGUUUGUUCCUUUGGGUUUCCUCCUUGGUGUGAGUUUUAUUGGAAGCGGGUCGAGGAGGGAUGUGCGGUUUGAGAGGUUGAUGUUGUAAAAUAUCUC